UCUGAGUUAUUUCAAGGAAAAGAAAGGUUCUGUUUCCUGUUCUGCGGACUGAUGAGGCUUUAAAAUAAGUUUAAAAUUAGCUUUGACUGAUGAGACAGAACUACACAGACCAGAAUCCAACGCGGCAGCCUUCUGGCCAAUAGCAGAAGCGAUACUAUCGAGGCUGAUGAUUGGGCCAAUCAGAGAGCGGGCGGGAGCUUUCAAACCUCAGACAGGAAGUAGCUCGAAGCGCUGAAGCUCGUUUUGCUGAUUUAAGGCUUUGCAAACACAUUCGGGUCCAGUUUUCUCUUCUGACCGAACCGGGAGGCGGCAUUUCACCGGCCAGAGAACAAAGAACCGGGACAACAUGUCGGAACCAGCAGUAGGAAGCCGCUAUGAGCGUCUCACAGCAGAGCAGAUGGACGAGCAGAGGGUCCAGAACGUGGCCUAUCAGUACCUUUGCAGGCUGGAGGAGGCUAAAAGGUGGAUGGAGGCGUGUCUGGGGGAGGAGCUUCCUGCCCCAACCGAGCUGGAGGAGGCGCUGCGUAACGGAGUCAUUCUGGCCAAAUUGGGGCAGCACUUCGCUCCAACCGCCGUGCCACUGAAGAAGAUCUACGACCCAGAACAGCUCCGAUACCAGGCUGUGGGUCUCCAGUUUCGUCACACUGACAACAUAAACCACUGGAGGAACGCAAUGACGACCCUGGGCCUGCCUGCGAUCUUCCACCCUGAAACUACAGACAUUUACGACAAGAAGAACAUGCCUAGAGCAGUUUACUGCAUCCACGCCCUCAGCCUCUACCUGCACAGACUGGGUUUGGCUCCUCCUAUUUAUGACCUCUAUGGAAAAUUAAAGUUCACAGAUGAAGAGAUCAGCAACAUGGAGUUGGAGCUGGAUAAAUACGGGAUCCAGAUGCCGGCCUUCAGUAAGAUCGGCGGCAUCCUGGCCAAUGAGCUGUCUGUGGACGAAGCCGCAGUGCACGCGGCCGUGGCGGCCAUUAACGAGGCGGUGGACCGCGGGGAGGUGAGCGGCACGGCGGCGGCUCUGAGGAACCCUGCGGCGCUGCUUUGCGACCUGCAGGAGGCGCUGAUGGCCGCCUACCAGGAGGCGCUGAGGGAUGCCAGGAGGAGGAAGGCACAGCGAGCGGCUCACCAGGGAGGCCGGGAGGAACGAGACAUGUAUGAGGAGUUCCUGAGCCGCCGGGAGAUCCAGGAGCUGAUCGGCAGCGUCAACGUGCGGUCUGCGGUGCAGCAGGUGGACGAGGCUCUGGACGCUGCCAAUGAACUCUCUCUGCUUGCUGCGCUGCAGCGGCCAUGUUUGGCCCUCAGGGGCCUCCGUGGCUCCAACGGUACCUGGUACCUGGAUCAGCUGCUGGAGGACCGCCAGCAGAAGGCGCUGGAUCUGGGCUCCCCGGAUCCUCUGGAGCCGGCCGAGCUGCAGGAGAGCAUCGCUGCUGCCAACCAGGAAGCUCAGAGCGCCGCGAGACGUCUCCUGGCGGUGCAGAGCGUCAACUCGUCGCUGCGGGGAAGCGAUCCCAGGCGCACCGUCAGCUGUUUGAUGAACUCUGACCUGCAGCUGCCUGAAGUGUUUCCAACUGCGGCGGCGCUUUACCACCGGGAGCUGCAGCUGCUGCAGAGACGCACCACUCAGGGGGAGUUGCACCAGGAAGAGCUGUUUGUUGCUGUGGAGAUGCUGUCGGCAGUUGUUCUGACCAAUCAGAGCCUGGAGGCGGGACAUCUCCAGCAGUUCAGCUCCUCAUUGGUCAGUCCGUCUGCAGGACUCUGUGAUGUGGAUAGCGCCCUCAUGGACAGGUAUAUGCAGCACCUGGCAGGUGUGAAGCAGCAGGGGGGUGGAGCCAUACUCACCUGGAAUCAGUUGCAGGAAGGAAUAAACAGUGUGAACAGCUGCGCUGAGGACGAACUCCAGCAGUUCCAGGUGGUCGGCCUGAUAAAUGAGGCGCUGAGGAGAGGAGAUGUCCAGCUGCUGCUGUCUGCUCUGCUGCUGCCCUCUGGUGGCCUGCAGGGCGUCAUACCUGCCAACGCCUGCAGGUACCUGGCGCUGCUGACCAGCUGCAGGCACGACAAAGCCCAGACAAGUAGAGGCCCAGGAGCUGAGCUGUGGUUGGCUGAUAUCCAGGAAGUAGUGAAGCAAGCCAAUCAGCAGAGCCAGAAAGCUCUGAAGCUGUGCCUGGCGGUGGCAGCCGCCAACCAGGCGGUGAAGGAGAACCGGGCCCAGCAGACGCUGCGGGUUCUGUCUCUGCCGGACCUGCAGCUGCACGGCGUUCUGCCCGACUGCGCCGCUGCCUACCAGCAGGAGCUAAGCAGCCGUCUGGCAGACCGGACCCGUCCAGGUGCGGAGCGGAGUCCAUGGGUCCGGGUCCGGCUGGACGACGGGUCGUUUUAUUACUUCCACCUGAGCCGGCUGGAGGGAAGCUGGGUGGUACCCGAUGGUUUCCGGAACCACAGCUGCUUCUUGACCCGACAGGACAUACAGGAAGUAGUGAGCAACGUUUCAAUAUCCUACAACCGCGGCAUUUUGUGGCGCAGCAGCGCCGCCCUGGUGGUUGGCCUUCAGGCGCGUUGUCGGGGCUUCUUGGUCAGGCAGCAGCUGGAGGGUCGCCGGCGCUACCUGAUUGAUCAGAGCGCUGCUGUUGUCAUCAUCCAGUCUCAUUGGAGGAGGUUCAUCCAGCAGAGGGCGUACCGCCGCCGGCUGCAGCUCCUCUACAGGAACUGGAGGACCAUCGUCAAGAUCCAGGCGCUGGUGAGGAUGUGGAUCGCCAGGAGGGCAUUUCUGACCCGGCUCCGAUUCUUCAGGCAGAAUGUGGACGCUGUGGUGAAGAUCCAGGCGUUUUUCCGGGCCAGCCGGGCCCGGCACCAGUACCGCCUGCUAGUGCAUUGACACGCCCCCCUGUCUGUGAUCAGGAGGUUCCUGCACCUGCUCGACCUUGGAGACUGUGACAUCAGAGAGGAGGCGGAGCUUCUGCGGCUGAGGCAGGAAGUGGUGCGGAACAUCCGCGCUAACCGGCGGCUGGAGUCCGACCUCGACCUGAUGGACCUGAAGAUCGGCCUGCUGGUCCGGAACCGGGCCACGCUGCAGGAAGUGGUGUCCCACUGCAAGAAGCUGACCCGGAAGAACAAGGAGCAUCUGUCGGACCUGAUGGACAUGGAGAGAAGCAAAGGGCUGAAGGCUCUGAGCCGCAACCGCAGGGAGAAACUGGAGGCCUACCAGCACCUGUUCUACCUGCUGCAGACGCAGCCCCUCUACCUGGCCCAUGUGAUCUUCCUGAUGCCGCAGAGCCGCUCCACCUGCUUCGUGGAGAUGCUGGUCUUCAGCCUGUUCAACUACGGCUCCGACCGCAGAGACGCCUUCCUGCUGCUGCAGCUCUUUACCGAAGCGCUUCGAUACGAGAUCAGACUGAAGGUGGAGCAGCCGCAGGAAGUGAUUACCGGGAAUCCCACCGUCAUCAAGAUGCUGGUGAACUUUUACCGGCAGGCGCGCGGUCAGAACGCCCUGCGAGACUCCCUGGGUCCGGCGCUGCAGGACGUCCUGUUGGACCAAACCCUCAGCAUCAGAACCGACCCGCUGGAGGUCUACAAGACCUGGAUCAACCAGACCGAGACCCAGACCGGACACAAGAGCUCUCUACCCUAUGAGGUUUCUGCGGAGGACGCCCUGACCCACCCGGAAGUCCAGCGAAGAAUUGACAUCGCCAUCAUCAACCUGAAGAACCUGACGGACCGCGUCCUCAAAGCCAUCACCUCCAGUCUCAACAAACUCCCGUACGGCCUUCGUUACACAGCCAAGGUUCUCCGAGACGCCUUGAAGGCAAAGUUUCCUGCAGCCAGUGAGGACGAGCUCUACAAGAUUGUGGGAAACCUGGUGUACUAUCGCUACAUGAAUCCGGCCAUCGUGGCUCCGGACGGCUUCGACGUGGUGGACCGGUCGGCCGGAUCCGCCCUGCAGCCGGAGCAGCGCCGCAUCCUGGGAUCCAUAGCCCGCAUGCUGCAGCACGCCGCCGCCAACAAGCACUUCCACGGAGACGGCUACCACGUUCACGCCCUGAACCAGUACAUCACCCGGACCCACGGCAGGUUCAGGAAGUUCCUGCACGGCGUCUGUGACGUUCCCGAACCAGAGGAGCGGUUCGGCAUGGACGAGUUCUCUGAGCAGCUGACCGUCAACAGACCCGUCGUCUACAUCUCCGUCAGCGAGUUGCUCAACACUCACAAGCUACUGCUGGAGCACCAGGAGGUUCUGUGUCCCGACCCGUCGGACCCACUGAGGCUGAUCCUGAACGACCUCGGACCGGUUCCCUCGCUGCAGGAGCUCAACGGUGAGGCGUCAGCUGAUCCAGGGUCAGAGUUCAGUAAGAUGGAAGUUUCUCUGACGCUCACUAACAAAUUUGAUGUUUUUGACGACUCUUCUGAACAACCGGACGUCCGAGGACUGCUGCUCAGCACCAAGCAGCUGAUCAUCGACGUCAUCAGGACUCAGCCAGGCGACUCUCUGAGGGACAUCUUGAAAACAAAGACCUCGCCUGACCAGGAAGUGUGUCACGAUUGGCUGGUGCAGCGGCGGGUGCGGCGGGACGCUCAGACGCCAGAGAAGAUGAAGAGGAAUCCGUCUCUGGUUGCAAACAGCAACCUGAGCCUGGAGGAGAAGAAGAGGAAGAUCGUACGCAGCCUCCGCCGCCUGGAGACGCUCGGCGUUCUGCGGCCGCCGCGGGCCGAAGAGCAGCUCCUGCAGAUGGUUGCCAAGGACAUCCGGCAGCAGCGUGUGCGUCGCCAGCGGCGGGGGGCGGAGCUUCACAAGCUGCAGCAGACUCUGAGCCGCCUGCAGGAGAAGAGCAGCUUCCACUGCCAGCAGGUCGACUUCUACAGGCAUUACAUCACUUCCUGUCUGGACUACCUGACCACCGGCAGCAAAGGGACCAAUAGGAACGCAGCAGAGAGCAGAGGGAAGAAGAAGCUUCCUGCUGUGAGCUACAGCGCCGCCCGGCUGCAGGAGAAGGGAGUGCUGCUGGAGAUCGAGGACCUUCCAGCCACACAGUUCAGGAACGUCGUCUUCGACAUCACACCCGGUCCAGAGACGGGAAGCUUCAGCGUCAGCGCCCGCUUCCUGGGCGUCCAGAUGGAGGACUUCCUGCUCCGAUACCAGGAUCUGCUGCAGCUGCAGCAGGGCGUGGCGGCGGUGAUGAAGAUGUUCGAUAAAGCCAAAGUCAACGUCAAUCUGCUCAUCUUCCUGCUCAACAAGAAGUUCUUCAAAAAAUAAACCAACAAACGCUCUCUCUUCUCACUCCUAUCUUUGUCUGGUGUCUCACUGCUUGACUAAAUGAAAACCUGUUGCCAUUUUGUCUGGAGUGAGACAUCUGUUCUCCACUACUAUCUGUUGUUUAAAAUGUGCCUCAGUAUGUAUCAGAGUGAGGCUUCUGUUUUACUCCUAUCUCUAUUUGUCACUGUUUGAUCAGAGUGAGACCUCUGUUCUACACUAUCUCUGUAUAAAACUCUUAUGGACCUCAAGGUACAUCAGAGUGAGACCUCUGUUCUACACUAUCUCUAUAAAACUCUUAUGGACCUCAAGGUACAUCAGAGUGAGACCUCUGUUCUACACUAUCUCUGUAUAAAACUCUUAUGGACCUCAAGGUACAUCAGAGUGAGACCUCUGUUCUACUACUACUGUCUGUUUCAGCGUUUUUUUAAACACUCCGAAUUAGUCAACUUUAAGCAGAGUGAGUCAUCUGCCCAAACACAUAUCUUUGUUCUAGAUCACACUAUAUUAUUUUGGUCCAUAGUAAUACAUCCUGCUUUCACUGAUCUUUGCACUUUAAAGUUUCCACUGGUGCAUCUGAGGACUUGAUCAGAGUGAGCCCUCUCCUCUUACUCGCCUAUCUGUGUAAGCUACAAGACGCUAACAACGGAUGCAAACUGAAGCUUUAUUUUGAAAAUCUGAUGCACUUCCUGCAAAAUCGUCUGUGGGCGGAGCUUAGUUCAGUUGGACAGAUUUCAUUGGUCACUUACGUUAUUGAGUGGUGAUCUGUAGCCAUGUGUCACUUCCUGUCUAAAGGAACAUUUUAAUCUUCAAUAAACGUCUUGAUGUUUCGCA